AUGCCGGCACUUCUCCCCCACAUGGGUCUUUCCUAUCCUGUCUCCAUAGAGAUCUGGAUGACCCCUCAGGACUUGGAGCCCAGUCCAUACAUCAUGAGGAGGAGAGGAACAGGAGAGGACAAAGUUGCCAGUCCUUACAUCAGUGGCCUGAUUCAUCACCUGGAGUGCAGUUUCGAGAAUCUGAAUCUUCUUGGGGCCUUCAGUGUGUUGGGACCACAGGCAACUUCACAAAGUGAUGAGCAGAAUAAUGCCCACCUUAAGAUCCUGGCCAACAAGUUUUUACCUGAGAAUGAGAUCAAUGUCAUUCAGGAGUAUCAGUCCUUCAGAGAGCAUAUCCACAGAGGACAAUUCAAGGACAAGAGCCAGGCUGACAUACUGAGACUCCUAGCAAGUGAGUGCGACGAAUGGGGGCUGAUAUACCCAUUACUCAGCCGCUUAGCAGCCAUUGCCCUUGUUGUGCCGGUGUCAAGCGUGAAUUGUGAAAGAGACUUUUCCACAAUGAACAGGGUCAAAACAGACCUCCGUAACAGACUUCAGGGAGAGCACCUGGCUGCCUGUUUGAGGAUCUCUAUUAACGGGCCAGAACCUGAAGACUUAAAUUACCAAAGGGCACUGGAACUGUUUUUCUCAAAGCCAAGAAAAAUGAAAUGUUCUAGCGCAGGGUGUCAUAUCUGUAAAUAGGGUGGUUGCUAUCUGUAAUAUGAAUAAAUACACCAAGAACGGCUAAAGAUAAUUCCAUCAUUUAUUAUUUCAUCUGAAUGCAACGUGAGCUGCAACAAUAGUGCACCACAACUCAACAAAUCCAUAAUCAAUACCAAGGAAUUAGUUCUUUGUUAGUGUUAGUUUACUAUUAGUAGGCAAACCACCGCGCAUGUCCGGUUG